CACCAGUUUAGCCCUGCAUUAUUAUCUGGCAUAUACUGGUAGUAGUGAUGUCGAUAUCAUACUCUCCAAAUGAGCGUGUACUCUGCUACCAUGGGCCUCUGGUAUACGAGGCGAAAAUACUCAAGACAGAAACAUGGGACGAAUCGAACACGAAACUGGGUACUGUUGGCCCACAUUUUUUCGUGCAUUAUAAGGGCUGGAAACAAACCUGGGAUGAAUGGGUCCCUAUCCAACGUGUUCUGAAGUUCAACGAAACGAACGUCGCACUGCAAAAAGCACUGCAAGCACAAGCCACUGCCGUCAAUUCGUCUGCGGCAUCAUCGUCUAAAAACAAGUCGCAUACUGGUGGGAGUGGGGGGAUCAAGGACGGUAGUUCAUCGCGAUCAAGUGGGCUAGGGAGGAAAGAUGGAUCACGAGGGACAAAACGAGGUCGAGAGGAGGAUGACAGCAGCAAACGACCUGACAUGAAACUGAACGUACCAGAAAUACUCAAGGUUUUGCUUGUUGAUGAUUGGGAGGCAGUGACAAAGAAUAAUCAGUUGGUCUCGCUACCUCGGAGUCCCACUGUACUCGAAAUACUACAAGAAUUCAAGGAUCAUGUCAUGUCCUCGGAUAAAGCACAUAACCUCCGGGAACCUGACGUCGUUUUACCUACGAUAAUAUCUGGACUACAAGUUUAUUUCGACCGCUCACUGGGAGCAAAUCUCCUUUACCGAUUCGAACGACCACAGUACGCUGAGAUACGGAAGCAGUACGUUACUGGACCCAAAGUGCAGAUGGGUCAGGAGAAGGAAAUGAGUGCAAUUUACGGAGCAGAACACUUCCUUCGCAUGAUGGUGAGCCUCCCACAAAUGGUGGCGAGCUCGACGAUGGAUACAGAAUCUGUAGGAAUAGUACGAGAUUACGUGAAUGAAUUACUGUUGUUUUUAGUGCAAAAGAAAGAGCAGUUGUUUUUGUCGGAGUAUGAGAGCGCUAGCCUACAAUAUCAGAACAUAUCCCGGUCAUAAGCCGUUUAAUAUUCCAGUGUAUAUUUUCUUGUAAUAAAUGGGAUGAUCUUGGGA